GGGGGCGCGCGCGGGCGCGGCGACGAGCGGAGCCGGAGCCGGGCAGAGGCGCGCCGAGCCGAGCUGAGCUAGUGCAGCCCUAGAGCCGGCCCGGCCCCGGUAGAGCCUAACUGCGGCCGCCGAGAUGCUGGACCCGUCGUCCAGCGAGGAGGAGUCGGAGGAGUUGGUGGAGGAGGAGAGCGGGAAGGAGUCGCUGGCGCCCGCCGCGGCACGGCUCUCGCCCAGUCGCCCCGGCGAGGGCCCGGGAGGUGGCGGCGGCGGCGGCGGUGGCGGCGGCGGCGGCGGCAGUGGCGGCGGUGGCAGCGGCAGCGCUGGGCUGCAGCCGGGCGGGCGCGGCAGCAGCGCUGCGCGGCCCGCCAGUCCCAGCCCCUCGGUGGCCAGCGAGAAGGAGAAGGACGAGCUGGAGCGGCUGCAGCGGGAGGAGGAGGAGAGGAAGAGGAAGCUGCAGCUCUACGUCUUCGUCAUGCGCUGCAUCGCCUACCCCUUCAAUGCCAAGCAGCCCACCGAUAUGGCCCGCCGGCAGCAGAAGAUAAGUAAGCAGCAGCUCCAGACAAUCAAAGAUCGUUUCCAGGCCUUUCUCAAUGGAGAAACCCAAAUUGUGGCAGAUGAAGCAUUUAUAAACGCCGUCCAGAGCUACUAUGAGGUGUUCCUGAAAAGUGACCGUGUUGCCAGGAUGGUGCAGAGUGGAGGGUGCUCAGCCAAUGACUCCCGGGAGGUCUUCAAGAAGCACAUUGAGAAGAGAGUGCGUAGCCUGCCGGAAAUCGAUGGCCUCAGCAAGGAGACAGUCCUGAGCUCCUGGAUGGCAAAGUUUGAUGCCAUUUACCGUGGGGAAGAGGACCCCCGUAAGCAGCAGGCCAGGAUGACGGCAAGUGCUGCCUCAGAGCUCAUUCUCAGCAAGGAACAGCUCUACGAGAUGUUCCAGAACAUUCUGGGGAUCAAGAAAUUUGAGCAUCAGCUUCUGUACAACGCAUGUCAGCUGGACAACCCAGACGAGCAAGCCGCACAGAUCAGACGCGAGUUAGAUGGACGUCUCCAAAUGGCAGAGCAAAUUGCCAAGGAGCGCAAGUUUCCCAAGUUUGUGUCCAAAGAAAUGGAGAACAUGUACAUUGAGGAGCUGAAGUCUUCUGUCAAUCUUCUGAUGGCAAACCUGGAGAGCAUGCCCGUGUCUAAAGGAGGCUCCGAGUUCAAGCUACAGAAACUAAAACGUAGUCACAACACCUCAAUAAUUGACAUGGGAGAGGAAAAUGAGAACCAGCUUUCCAAGUCAGACGUCGUCUUGUCGUUCUCCCUGGAGGUUGUCAUCAUGGAGGUGCAGGGUCUGAAGUCACUGGCUCCCAACCGUAUUGUGUACUGCACCAUGGAAGUCGAAGGUGGGGAGAAACUGCAGACUGACCAGGCUGAAGCCUCAAAGCCAACCUGGGGCACCCAAGGAGACUUCACCACAACACAUGCGCUUCCUGCAGUGAAGGUGAAGCUGUUCACGGAGAGCACAGGAGUGCUGGCUCUGGAGGACAAAGAGCUUGGGAGGGUUGUUCUCCACCCUACUCCGAAUAGCCCAAAGCAAUCAGAGUGGCACAAAAUGACUGUUUCCAAAAAUUGCCCGGAUCAAGACCUGAAGAUCAAGCUUGCUGUGCGGAUGGAUAAGCCUCAAAACAUGAAGCACUCCGGGUAUUUAUGGGCCAUUGGUAAAAAUGUUUGGAAGAGAUGGAAAAAACGAUUCUUUGUCCUGGUCCAGGUUAGUCAAUAUACAUUUGCUAUGUGCAGCUACCGGGAGAAAAAAGCUGAACCUCAAGAGCUGCUGCAGCUUGACGGAUACACUGUGGACUACACCGACCCGCAGCCAGGUUUGGAGGGCGGCAGAGCAUUCUUCAACGCAGUGAAGGAAGGAGACACGGUGAUUUUUGCAAGUGACGAUGAGCAGGACCGUAUCCUGUGGGUCCAAGCCAUGUACCGAGCCACCGGCCAGUCCCACAAACCUGUGCCACCUACUCAAGUGCAAAAGCUAAAUGCUAAAGGAGGAAAUGUACCCCAGCUAGAUGCCCCAAUCUCUCAAUUUUAUGCAGAUAGAGCUCAAAAGCAUGGCAUGGAUGAAUUUAUCUCUUCCAAUCCCUGUAACUUUGACCACGCUUCACUCUUUGAGAUGGUUCAGCGCCUCACUUUGGACCACAGACUUAAUGAUUCCUAUUCUUGUCUGGGCUGGUUUAGUCCUGGCCAGGUCUUUGUGCUAGAUGAGUAUUGUGCACGUAAUGGAGUGCGAGGCUGUCACAGACAUCUCUGCUACCUCAGAGAUUUGCUAGAGCGCGCAGAAAACGGAGCUAUGAUUGACCCCACCUUACUUCACUACAGCUUUGCCUUUUGUGCAUCACAUGUUCAUGGCAACAGGCCUGACGGGAUAGGAACUGUGACCGUAGACGAGAAAGAGCGAUUUGAAGAGAUCAAGGAGCGACUUCGUUUGCUUCUGGAGAAUCAGAUCACCCAUUUUAGGUACUGCUUUCCAUUUGGCCGUCCAGAAGGUGCACUAAAAGCUACUCUGUCGCUGCUGGAAAGGGUUCUGAUGAAAGACAUAGUUACUCCGGUCCCUCAAGAAGAGGUAAAAACAGUCAUCCGUAAAUGCUUGGAGCAAGCAGCUCUGGUCAAUUACACUCGACUGUCAGAGUAUGCCAAAAUCGAAGGGAAAAAGAGAGAAAUGUAUGAGCAUCCUGUCUUCUGCUUGGCCUCUCAAGUGAUGGAUUUAACCAUUCAGAAUCAAAAGGAUGCAGCCCGUCCGUCCAAGCCUAAGCCACCGGCUGGGCCACCAUCAUCUCCUCAAACGCAGACUAACAUGAUAAAUCAUAUGUUCAAAGGCAUGGCCAAACAGCCGCCAAAAAAUGUAGGCCGGUUAGUCACACCAGCUAAAAAGUUAGAAGAUACAAUACGUCUGGCAGAGUUGGUAAUUGAAGUCCUACAGCAAAACGAAGAACACCAUGCGGAGGCCUUUGCUUGGUGGUCUGACUUAAUGGUUGAGCACGCGGAGACCUUCCUGUCACUGUUUGCCGUGGAUAUGGAUGCUGCAUUAGAGGUGCAACCCCCAGACACCUGGGACAGCUUUCCACUCUUUCAGCUUCUAAACGAUUCCCUCCGUAGUGACUAUAAUUUGUUGAAUGGAAAAUUCCACAAACACCUCCAAGACCUGUUUGCUCCACUUGUUGUUAGAUAUGUCGAUCUGAUGGAGUCCUCAAUUGCACAGUCAAUUCACAGGGGCUUUGAGCGGGAGUCAUGGGAGCCAGUAAAGAGUUUAACAAGUAAUCUGCCCAAUGUGAAUCUACCAAAUGUGAAUCUCCCUAAAGUACCAAAUCUACCAGUUAACAUCCCACUAGGCAUCCCACAAAUGCCUAGCUUUUCUGCACCGUCAUGGAUGGCUGCUAUUUAUGAUUCUGACAAUGGAUCAGGCACUUCAGAAGAUAUGUUCUGGAAACUUGAUGCCCUACAGACCUUCAUUCGGGAUUUGCACUGGCCUGAGGAGGAGUUUGGAAAACACUUAGAGCAACGCUUGAAGCUCAUGGCGAGUGACAUGAUCGAGUCCUGCGUUAAAAGAACCAGGAUUGCUUUUGAAGUCAAGCUGCAGAAAACCAGCCGAUCAACAGAUUUCCGAGUCCCUCAAUCAAUAUGCACCAUGUUUAAUGUCAUGGUGGAUGCCAAAGCUCAGUCGACAAAGCUUUGCAGUAUGGAAAUGGGCCAAGAGUUUGCUAAAGAGUGGCACCAGUACCAUUCAAAAAUAGAUGAACUAAUUGAGGAAACCGUCAAAGAAAUGAUAACACUGCUAGUGGCAAAGUUUGUCACCAUUUUGGAAGGAGUCUUGGCCAAACUGUCUAGAUAUGAUGAAGGAACUUUGUUUUCUUCUUUCCUGUCAUUUACUGUGAAGGCUGCUUCCAAAUACGUGGAUGUACCCAAGCCGGGGAUGGAUGUUGCUGAUGCCUAUGUGACAUUUGUCCGCCACUCUCAGGAUGUCCUGCGUGAUAAGGUCAAUGAGGAGAUGUAUAUAGAAAGGUUAUUUGAUCAAUGGUACACCAGCUCGAUGAAUGUUGUCUGCACCUGGCUGACAGACCGCAUGGACCUGCAGCUUCACAUUUACCAACUGAAAACUCUCAUUAGGAUAGUAAAGAAAACGUACCGGGAUUUCCGAUUGCAAGGCGUGCUGGACUCCACCUUAAACAGCAAAACCUACGAGACCAUCCGGAACCGGCUGACGGUAGAGGAGGCCACGGCGUCGGUCAGCGAAGGCGGAGGGCUCCAGGGGAUCACCAUGAAGGACAGCGAUGAGGAAGAUGAAGAGGACGACUAGGGAAGCUGGCCCAAAGGGCCGGCUGGGGGUUGCCUGGUAUCCGUGCAUGUACCUCGUCUGUAACUCAGUUAGCCACAUUAGGAACUCUUCUGUCAGCUCUAAAUGCCCAUGAGAAGUUUACCAAUACAAUGCCAUGUUAGCUGUGUGGUAAUAAGAUUAGCACCUCUCUUUGAUUCAUUGGUUUCCUGAUUUCAUAUCUAUAUGUUCAUAAGCAAUAUGGAGCACCAUUGUUUAAUACUGUUAAUGGGAAAAAAAC